UUUUUGUGGGAAAUAAAUACGAAUGUGGAAAAAAUUUCCGCCAACUGACUGGAGAUCCAUUGAUCCCCUUGCUUUCAACUAUUUCUCAACUCUGCUCCAGAGUAGGGUGAAUAUCUUCCUAUAUGGGAUGAACGGGAUUGGCAAAACCAAGUUUGCCAAGAAAUGUCUGGAUGUCAAUAAUAUUCAGUACUGUUACGUAGAUUGUUUUGAGUACUAUAAUGAAAAAUUGAUCUGCUACACCAUCUCAAGCCAGCUAGGCCUGAUGGAUAAGUACAUCAAGGACUCUAAGACCUUUGUUGCCCUCAAGGACAAUCUCUUGACCUGGAAAGAGGAUGAAAUCAAGAUAAAAAGCAUCUCAAGUAAGUACAAAAAGAGACCAAUUUACAUUGUCCUUGAUAAUGUUGAGAGAAUAAUCUCUAUUGAAAGAGUCAAGAAAAAUCUGGAAAAGAUCUUCAUUGUAGCAGAUAUGGUGUGCCCUCUUCUUAGUAUUCUAAUCAUCCACGAUACUUACAUUGAAGAAAUCGAUGCAUUCAACAAAUCAUUAUUCAAUGAGUACAAUUUCACCCCAUUUGUACUCAACCCCAUGGACCAAGAAUCAAUGAGAGCAGUCCUUAAAGAGAAGUACUUCUCUGGCGAAAACAACGAUGGAGAAAAGGAUAAAUUCGACCCCUUCUUUAAGUACCUCUACUCCCAACUCUCCAAGCAGACAGUCAAUCUCAAGAAGUGGCUGUUUAUGACCAAGCUAAUGUUCGAGUCCUACUGUGAUUUCCAGCACAAAAGAAACGGUAUGAACCUGUCUAGGUUCACAAGGAUCCUUAAGCACGUCUGCACCCACUUCUACUCAAACGUCAUCGACAUUAAAUCUAUUGAAGAAGAGAUAGAGAGGGAGAAGGAAGAGGAGAACCAAAGGAAGGCAGAGGAUAUACAGAAAGUAGACGCACAUCUGGACCAAGAGAGCAAACCUAUCUUUAGACCUCAUAAAGUCACGUUCUUCGAAGAAAUGAGACAGGGAAAUAAAACUAGCUACACCUUUGUAGAAGCUAUGAUCUUACUCUCUGGGUUACUGGCAGCUCAUAAUAAAGAAUCCAAUGAUGAAGCUAAUUUUGGGCUGAUAAGACCUACUAAGAAGAAGACUAAUAGGAAGGUAAAGCAGACUACGGAUAUUGGGAAAAUCACUUAUCUCGAGCUUGGGAAGACAAAGAAAUUCUCAAUGGAAAGAAUGCUGACAAUCUUCCAGUAUUUCCUGAGUUAUUUCUGUGACACAUCAGAGGAAGCGAAGAUGUAUCAUCACUCUAUAAACGUGUAUUCGAAGAUAAACACAUUUGUGAGUGAGAAUUUGUUUAAGAGAUCUCAGGGAAGAAAUGAAGACCCCUCUGCAAUCUCUCUGAAGAUCAACUAUGACAAGCACUUUGUGGAGGAAGUCCUGAAGCAAUUCCCAGAGAUUAAGCUGUCUGAACAUCUAGAAGGCAGAUAAGAGAUGGUGUUCAAUUUGGCAUUUAAAAGAGGG